CUUCUGAAAGGGUGACCCCACCGGUACAGUUUGUACGCUGCCCUACCAGAUAAGACUGACGUUACCAGAGGAAGUAUUCGCGCAAAACCAGGCGCUCAAUGUUUUAGCAGUAUGCGCUUAAUUGUUAGUUACUGCACGAAACGUAUUAUGACAACUGAAGCAAAGUAUGUAUAUUUGAAAAAAGUUAUCAACUAAAGCCAGACAUGACAGGCCAGCGUGCAUUUAUGGAGGGUGAAGAACUGGGCGGGCAGGUACUCAGUGUCGUUUACAGGUGAACGCUUUUCCGGCGAAUAUCGGCGUAUACAAACUGUACAGUUACUUUGGGUACAUGUAUCUACUCAUUGUUUCUGUGGCUUGAUUAUUGUUUUGUGUCUUUAGAGUUCAGCCCAGAAAAACAAAAAAAAAGUGGUGUCAUCUGAUCUGGGGCUUUUCCUGCUUAAAAAUGCAGUAAAACCCCACCCUCCGAGAGCCUGCGGCUUUUGCCUAGGCGAAAGGACAAAAGUCCGGGGAAAUAAGUUAGAAAACAGCAGGGAAUGUAACUAACAAUUUCGUUUUCACUUGAGAGGACAAACUACAGGCAAAGUCGAAGGAGAGAAAAAAAAAUCAUUUCCUGAGUGCAAGCCGGGCCAUUUUACUUUGUUGAGGAAGAUAAUUAAUUCUUACUUUAACUAACUCAAGCUGGCAGUUUCCUGUUUUAGAACUUUAGUGCUAUCUCCCUUAGGCAGUGUGCUGGCUUUUCAGUUGCUGACUGGGAGUUUGGAAUGAAUAAACGCGUUUAUAUUAACGGAAUUACCGGAAUGUAGCUGUUGUCCAGUACCUCGUCUGCGGGGGACUGACAGAAAACUUCAAGAGGUCCCCGAACUUCGUAGGUGCCAGGAAAUAGUCGCUUUUGGAGUAGGUAAGGAUCAUUGUUUCAGAAAAGUGGCAGCUGUAAUCAAGUCGCGAGGAAGCGAGCAAAGGAACUUGGGAACGAUCUAUCGAGAGCUUUGAUUUUUUUAAAGUUGUGGUCAUGUUUAGAACUAGUUACCUUAUGUGGUUUCGUGUGUUUCCUGCUUGGAAACCGGCUGUUUAGAGAGUUUACCUGGAACUUGUUUGAAACAGUCUACUUCAUUAAGUUUGAAGAUCUAAAGACGCAAAAAAAAGACAAAAGCAAAAAGUUCGUUUUGGCAGAUUUCUGUGAUUGUAUCCAGCAAGUUACUGUUAGACAUGCGAUAGUUGAUGCAUGUAUUUGUCAGUCAAGUGUUUGUUUCCUUUGGUUCCUAAAUCUGGCUGACACUUUUUCAUAAUAUGGACAGUACGCUGCGUUAUCACUUACUAUAAUCUCCAUGCGUGCUAAUGGAAAACGUAAUUUUGUGGGUAUUUAAAAGUCUGUCACAUUUUCUAGGAUAUUGCAGGGCUAUAGUUGGAUGUACCUAAUAUCGUUUGAGAUGGAUAUUCCGCCACAACGGUAGUGGGUGGCGGUGACAGUCUUUUCAUGGAGCCACUGAGAAACAUUUUUUCCAGACCUUCCCUGCCUCCAUGGUCCAGUGGCAAAAGUCAUGGAUUUGAGCAAGAUGGCAGCUAUGUAAACCCAUUCUGGACAGCGCUCUUUGACUAUGAAGCCAGUGGAAAAGAUGAGCUUACUCUUCGUAAGGGGGACUUGGUUGAGGUAUUGUCAAAAGAUUCUGCAAUUUCUGGAGAUGAGGGCUGGUGGGCAGGGAAGGUCAAUAAUAAAGUAGGUAUUUUUCCCUCCAAUUAUGUGUCAUUUAAACCCCCUGGCUAUUCUAAGUUAAAGAAUGGUGAAGUUAAAGAUCUGGAAGGCCCACCAGAAGUUGAUUUUCAUGAACUUUCUCUUGAAGAGGUCAUUGGUGUUGGAGGCUUUGGAAAGGUAUACAGAGGGACAUGGAAUGGUACAGUAGUGGCAGUAAAAGCUGCUAGGCAAAACCCAGAUGAAGAUAUCAGCAUGACUGCACAUAAUGUACGCCAGGAGGCCCGAUUGUUUGCCAUGCUAAAACAUCCAAAUAUUAUCUGUCUAAAAGCAGUUUGUUUACAGGAGCCCAACUUGUGCCUUAUAAUGGAGUAUGCCGCUGGAGGCCCACUUAGCCGGGCUCUAGCUGGUCGUAAGAUACCCCCUCAAAUCUUGGUGAACUGGGCAGUUCAGAUUGCCAGUGGAAUGCACUACCUGCACAGUGAAGCAAUUGUUCCAGUUAUUCAUCGGGAUCUUAAAUCAAAUAAUAUCUUACUUUUUGAGAAGAUUGAAUAUGAAGACAUGGAAAACAAGACUUUAAAGAUAACAGACUUUGGCCUUGCCCGAGAGUGGUACAAAACAACAAAGAUGAGCACUGCUGGGACAUAUGCAUGGAUGGCUCCAGAGGUCAUUAAAUCAUCCAUGUUUUCAAAAGGAAGUGAUGUUUGGAGCUAUGGCGUGCUGCUCUGGGAGCUGCUGACAGGGGAGGUCCCUUAUAAAGGUAUCGAUGGACUCGCUGUUGCAUAUGGAGUGGCUGUCAACAAGCUCACUCUUCCAAUUCCAUCAACUUGUCCCGAGUCAUUUGCACAGCUGAUGUCAGAAUGCUGGGACCAGGAUCCUCACAGAAGGCCAACCUUUGCUACAAUUUUGGAUCAGCUGACAGCCUUAGAGGAACAGGUACUGAAUGAAAUGCCACCAGACUCAUUCCACUCCAUGCAGGACGACUGGAAGUUAGAAAUCCAGGGGAUGUUUGAAGAGCUGAGAGAAAGAGAAAAGGAGAAGUUUAUUCCAAAGGUUUGGGAGGUGCUGUCUUAUAAACUUGCUUCUCCACUAUACAGUAUUUAUCUGUUGGUGAAGAUUUAUGUCCCUGAUUCUAGUAAUGAUGGAGAUAUUGGAUUUGUGAAGAAACAGGAGUACCAGGACAACUGGGUUUUUAAUGUAACAGCAAGCACGCAAAGCAUAUUUCCCCUCAAAACUAAAUUUACUUCUUACAAGAACCUACGAACCUUGGAUCAUCCCCAUGAGGAAGUUUCCUGGAAGUGUAACUGCAAGAGAAGGCACAUUGAUUUCCCUCCAGAAUCUUUAAUAGGAGACACUGAAUUAGAUAAAGAUUUUAAACACAAGAUCACUGUGCAAGCCUCUCCUGGUUUGGGCAGGAGGAGAAAUGUGUUUGAAGUUGGGCCUGGGUCACCUACAUUUAUUCCUCGCUUUCGAGCUAUAAAGUUAAUACCAGAUGAGGGCUCCAAAAAAUGGGAGAGAGGUUCUCCGUGGAGAUGGGAUCCAAAAGAAUACAGAAAUGGGGAACAAAUAAUUGGGCCAUCUUGGGGGCCGAAUAUCCCAAAGCUCUGGGAAAAUAAUCCACAGGACUCAUGUAAGCCAAGACUUCUGCAGGAUGACACUGUGUGGCAUAUGGAAACUGAAGGCCCAGGGUGUACAGUGCAUGCACCACCAUCUGGUGUGGCGAAUGGAGGUGAUAAGAAAGGUUCACCAUUAUUUCUAAGCCAUGGAAAGAUCCGACUACCUCAGAACUCCCCCAUAGAGUCCCCUACCGCAUCAUGCGUACUGCAUUCUUCAAAUAACGAGGGAAUGCCACAGCCAAAGACUACUCACAAAGCUUUGUUCAGCAGUGCAGCUAUCCUGGCCUCUGUGGCACUGGGACGAGAUCUGCAGCAAAUUUACCAUCUCGACAUGGAAGAAGAAAAGAAGGAUGUCCAUUUCAGUGAUAAAAGCUCAUUGUCAGAUGUAGAAGAUGAGAAACAGAAAGAGGAACCAAGUCCUGAUACCAGUUUGAAAGAGGUACCACUCACUGUACUUCCUAAGGACUUAAUUACAUUUUCUCCUGAUUCUUCUCUUGUUUUGAUUGACUUCAGUGAGCCAGAUUCUUCCAAGUCAUCAGAGUCUGCUGGUUCAGUGAAUCCACAAACUGGAACUGUAUUACAUGGUGAUAAUGAUUUAGAACUUGAAAGAAAACAGAAUUCUCAGGAAUCCCCCUUGCCAUUGUGGGAGCAGAGGUCACCAGUUGUUCCAGAGCGAAAGAGACGGAAUCGCAGUGGGGAUACUGUGAAAGUAAAGCUAGAUACUGCUCUUUCAUCACCUCCUCUUCUGCAUAUCGACAGGAUAAUACCUCCUCGUCCUCCAGAUGUGCAUCCUCGAAGUCCCAGACUUAGUCAUGUUGGCUUAAAUGUUAUUCCAAGGCCAAGACCUUCACCCAUUCGGAAUCGGAUAGACCCUUGGAGUUUUGUUUCUGCUGGCACUAAACCUGUUCAAACAUUAAGAUCACCCCAAGACACUCCUAACCUUCAGAAACCUGAGAAUCUUUGGACAACCCAAAAAAGUCCAGAGUUGUCCAAGAAUCCCUUUCUGAAUACAAAUCUGUUUUCAGUUUCUCCUUUUUCCAGUUCUGCAUUCCCCACUGAGCCAGUACAGACUUCUAGUUCUGACACCAUGGAGAAUCAAGCUGCCAUCUCACCUUUAACACCUUCGAACUUUGAACUUUCUCAUCCUUUACAUCAGAGAGAUAACUUCACAAAUGCACCAUUCCCACCUGCUCCAUCCCAGAAUCUGAAUUCACCUGGUAGUCGGAGCCCUUAUAGAUCUCCACGGACCUUGCAUAAAAGCUCUCCUCAUAAUCCUGAAUGUUAUUUUACAGACUUUGAUGAAGAGAAAAAAAAUAAAAAUGCAUCAGCAUCUGCUGUGUGGUGGCUUCCUGCACAGUCAGGGAGAGACUUCAUCGACUAAAGGCACAAGUGAGAGCUCUCUCUGUUACAGCAAGGUGUUUUAUGAGAUACAGUGCAAUAAAUUCCAGUGGUUAAUCACCUAAAGCCAGAUUCCCAGAGAUGUGCAAAAAAGAAAAGAAAAAAAGCUGAUGUCACUUCACUGGAGAAUCCUGUUCUAGCUGUUCUUUGGUAAAGACCACAGAAAAUCUUCACAAGCUGGUGCAAAGCAGAUGAGUUUGUGGCUAUAUUUGGAUUGAUCCUCUGAUAAAUUGCAUUGUUUCAUGUCAGAAAAUGAGAAGUGGUUUCUGGCUGGUUAUAAUGGGCUUUUGUUGAAAGAUUAUAUGGCCUGCAGAUGUGAAUUGUAACUAAAGUGUUUUUGCCUUAAAAAAAGAGCUGCUGGAAUGAUAUAUGGGUUGCCACUGCCAUUUAUGCCGGAGGUUGGCAAAGCAGUAGAUCUUGCUGCUUCCUGUUUUUUCUCAGCCUUGUGUAAAGAAUAUUUACCCCUUAGUUUGUUGCAAGGCAACAAAUGCCAAAUACCUCAUGAAUUUGUUGUAUAAAUGAGUACCACCUGUGAAUUAAUUCUGUGAAGCAAACAAAGAUUUCAGCAGCUGCUAUGUAUCCGUACAUCACUGUCAAUAUUCGUGUAGGUUAGGUUCACUGGAAAAACAGGGGCAUCACUUUUAUUGUGGAGCUUUUGGGGUGUGCUGCAGUUUCUUCCUGUUUUGGGUAUGCUUUUUCUAAUGUUGUACAUAUUGCAUAUAGUUUUUUAAAGGUUUUAAAUAAAAAGAUAAUGAAUUUAUUUUUGAGAUAUUUUAGUCCUCAUGGGCUUUCUGUUGCACCAAACUCUUUUAUAGAAAAAAAAGUGGUGAUGUAACACUGGAAAAUGUUUGUAAUUGGCUUAACCUUGCACUAAUGCCAUUUUUAAUUAAUUUAAUGUUCCUGUUGAGAAGAACUGACUGACAGGCACAGCAGAAUAUUGUUUUGUAAUAAAGCAAGACCACUAAAAAAGUGAAAAUUGUUCAUUGCUAAAGUAUGCAAUUAAAAAAUAAAAAUGCAGUCAAAUAAUGAGUUGGAAAAAAUAUGAACAUUGACAUGUUACUCUCAUUUAUGGAGAACUCACUUGAGACACUAACUCCAGUAGAAAGUUUAACCCCCAUCUCUGCCAUAUGCACACAAAUAAUGUAAAUAAUUUUUGAGAACUAUUUCUAGCUGAAGCAGGUAUAUGUAUGUGACCUUCACAUGUGCUGCAAUCCAUCUUUGUCAAACAUGUUCUGAUGUGGUUUGGGACAGUCCAAGAAUUUAAUAAGUAACAGGACCUGUUGUUAGCUAUAGCCACAAUGCAGAAUUCACUGUGAUUCAUGUCGGUGCAUGUGGUGGGUUAGAAUGCCAAAAAUUUUAGACUGUACCUUCCUCCUCCAGCUAGUUAGUACAGGAGACUGUUGAAGUUUGACAGUUUGCUGUUUCUGAAUGAGUUAUUCUAGCUUAUUGUGAUAAGCAUUCUCCAGAUUUGGUGCUGUCUAUUAGAAGAGAAAAGGUGUAUUUUGAAUUAGCAUUGUUGUUACCCCUUGGCAGUUCCAUUCACCAGUAUUUAAGAAUAUUUUAAUUACAAGCUGCUAACCCUUCCUUGCCUAGUUAUAAUGUGUGGUGCCAACCCAGGUUCUCAGAAUAGGUGUGAUUUAAGCAAAGGGCCUCCACUGUCUCAGGUUUCACUUUGUUUCUGCCGCUUCCUAAAACGUCUUUAUUUCUGUUUCCAAUGCUAUUACCAAUUAUUUUAAAGCUUUGAUAUGAUGAUCACCACUUACACACACACUUGGUCUCCAUGUCUGUUUUUUUUGUAAUUCCAUAAACUGUUGUUGAGUGUUGGUAGGUCUUGCCUGCAAGUUGUCAGAGACCCUUACACGUAAUUCUGAAAAUACUUAUCUAGUCAUGCCGAUCAUCUGCUAUGAGAAGAAUUAGAGUUGUCAUUAUACCUACAGAAGUACAUGUUGUACACCUUUUACAGAGUGAAACAUUUCUGUGAGGAAACUAAAAGGGUAUGAAGUACCGUGUACAUAAACACGUACAACUUUCCAUAGUUCCUGAAAGGUUGGUGCAGUGAAGAGGCUUCUCUCGUAAAUGAAAAUGGGGCAGUAUAGUAUGAACACUUCCAUACUUUGCAGUCUAGCAGCUUCCAAAUGUUCUGGUGGUUAUAUGUAAGUGUUUUAUGGUGUUUGUCAAACGUGUUAGAUGUCAUUACAAUAACAAAACCACAUUGCCUAUGGGUAACGCUACUUUGAGAUAAAUUUUAAGAAUGUCAAAAGCAGUCUUUCAUCCCACUACAUCUCUGGUGGUAGAGAUGAAGAAAAUUGUUAGGCUAUAGUUAGCAAAAAAUGGCAUCCAUUUUUUUUUCUGCUUACGUGUGUAAACAGCACAUUAUUUUGCCCUGGUUGCAUUUUACAGUAAUCCUGAAAACCAUGCAGGUCACUGAUGGAGUGAUGUUACUACAAGGCUGUACUGAAAAGGUUAAUGUGCAAUACAUGCUGCCUUUACUGCCCAUCUUACCGAUGGAAUUUGUGUGGGUGAGAUCAGAGUGAUAAUCUGAGCUAUACUCCUUAAGUAAUGGAAUGUUGCUUUGAUCUAAGUCUGGCAGAUAUGUCUCA